AUGGAUGUUUUCGUAUCAAGCAGGUCAAACGCCAGUCAACUGGUUCCACUGGACCUUGACUCUAAACCAACCACAGUCCUCUGUCAGAUGGGGGAUUUUGGAUGCGGAGAUGGAGGAUGGACGCCUCUUAUGAGGAUUGACGGCAGCAAGGUAAGCCCCAUAUGGCGGAAUAUUCUUGGCGGGGUUUUCUUGCGGGUGAUGAAGCGCGAGCAAGAAAUGUUCAGAAGCGUCGAAACUACGAUAGAAUCUCUUAGCAACUCGCCCAUAUUCUUUUUAUCGCGGUCUCUGCUUGCGGAAAUUCCUCUGGCAUGAGUGCUACAAUACCCUAAUAUCUAAAACGCCUGCAAGGACCUGCAAGUAGGGUAUAGAUUGAUGGCUUUUACGCGAACUGUAUUACUGAUUUCAUGAGGGUUCUUCCGUUGGUGAUGCGUCUUGUUAUUUAUGUUUAAGGAUAAUUGAAAUCUUAAUUCUUUUCAGGCAACGUUUGACUAUGACUCUCACUACUGGAGUGAUAAAAACCAAUACAACAUCACCGGCGGGAGGACUGGGUUUGACUCACAAGAGACCAAGUUACCGACCUAUUGGAACACACCUUUCUCCAAGAUCUGUCUCGGUAUGAAGAUAAGUGGACAGCUCAGGUUUAUUGUCAUUAACAAGCAGGCCAACUCUCUGUACUCUCUGAUUGCUGAUGGGACAUACCACGCUACUUCACUGGGUCGUAACGAGUGGAAGAAGUUGAUUGGUGCGAAGGGCUCUUUGCAACUAAACUGUAACAAGGAGGGCUUUAAUGCUGUAGCUACCAUAAGUGGUCAUUCUAAAGCAAGAGUAGGUUAUAUAGCUAACGAUGGAAUCCAUUGUGGCUAUUGUGACUCCAGAAUUGGGUUUGGUACCGGAGGAUAUCCUAAUAACUCCAUUACAUGUGGAAACGUAGCAGCUAAUUCCCCAGAUAACGGUAACAGAAAUAUCAAAGCUAUGGGAUAUAUUUUGGUGCAGUAA